AUGCCCGCCGUUCGUCCCCAAGCCGCUGCACGCGCAACCCGCGCCCUGCAGUCGACCUCGCAGUCCGCGGCGACACGGCCUUUCUCGUCGACCGCCACACAGAAGGCCAGCCACGGCCCCCAGUACGACCCCCCAUCCGGAUGGUUGUUCGGCGUCAAGCCCGGCGAGACGUACAAGAAUGAGGGCUGGGAGAAGCCUUUCUUCUACGGGUUCUGCGGUUCCAUCGUCUUGGCGGCUAUUGCGUAUGGAUUCAAGCCGGAUACUUCGAUACAGACUUGGGCUCUCGAGGAGGCACGCAGGAGAUUAGAAGCCGAGGGCAUCUUGGAAGACCCGGAGAAGAAGUAA